CUCAUUAGUCAGUAACUCAUUGACAAUUGACAGUAGCGACUUUGACAAUUGUUUGUGUUGUUGGAGCUUCCUCAGACUUGGAAACUUACGAAAAUUGAAAUUUAGAAACGACAUUUACACAUAUAUACAUUGAGAAUUUUGGCUUAGAUAAGUAACAUAUUUCUCAAUAUGGCAAAUUUUAAUAACCCUAAUGAAUAUGCCUGGCAAAAUCAAACUAAUAACCAAAACUAUUCUUUCAACAUGUCGAAUAAUUUCGGUGAUGCCGCUCAAACUUUGGAUUUUCAGACCUUCCCGACGGACCAACAAAAUUAUUCCUUCGAUCAAACACAAGGGAAUAUGCCCGCAAACAACAACCAGUACUACAAUCCAAACAUAUUUACCCCAGCGCCAAUACCAGGAGAUGCUCCCGGAGAAACAACUGAUUUUGAUGAACCCCCGCUUUUGGAUGAACUAGAAAUAUACCCAGAUAGAAUUUUAGAAAAAACACUAGCUGUUCUUAACCCUUUCCAUGGGCAAUCAAAAGCUGACGAUGCCACAUUCUUAUUGAGAGACACUGAUAUUGCAGGCCCAAUAGCAUUUUGUUUAGCUCUAGCCAUUUGUUUAUUUUUGGCAGGAAAUAAGGCACACUUUGGUUAUGUAUAUGGGCUAUCUGUUAUGUCUGUUAUAUUGAUGUACUUUUUGUUGUCACUUAUGAGUCGCUCAGAAGGAGUGUUUACAAUACUCAGUGUAGCCAGUGUGCUUGGUUAUUGUAUGUUGCCAAUGGUCGUAUUAGCUGGAUUAGGAAUUUUUAUCUCCCUUGAAGGCACAAUAGGAUUAACUCUGUCUGCAAUUGCAGUAAUUUGGUCAGCCCUUUCGGCUAGCAGGCUGUUUGUAACUAUGUCAGGAGAUGCAGAACAGAGACCGCUCAUAGCCUACCCGUGCGCAUUAGUGAAUGGAGUGUUUGCAUUACUAGUAUUGUUUUAAUAUAAUUGAUAACAAUAGUGAUACUAAUAAAUAUCUAUGAAAUAAUUAUCAUUAUUGUGUUGAAGUUUUAUACAACCUAUCAUUUUAUAUUUUAAUACUCAUCCUAUGUUAUUGAUUUAAAUAGUAAUAUAUCCAGCUUGUAUCAUAACUUAGUGAGGCUAAGAAAAGUGCUUUUAAUUUUGUUUGUGUUAGCAAUGAAGUAUUUAAUUAUGUUUGAAAUUAUUCCAUAUGUAUUAUAUAUUAUUUAAAAAAACAUUAUUAUGAUGGGUAAUUGUAAAAUUCUACAAACAUUUACAUAGCAUAAUAGUGAUAUCACUAAUCUAUUAGUUGUAUGAGUCUGAUUCCUAUCCCAUUAAAUUUUAUUCCCAAACUAGGUAUUUUAUAAUAAAAAUGAAUUAUUCUCUAAUAUGAAAAUGAAUCUUGCACCUACAGAUUAGUUUUUUUUUGUGGCGUACUAUGAGAAAGAAAUAAUUAAAACAAUGAACAAAAAUAAAUAUGGAAUUUCUUUAUUUUCAAAUAUUUUGUUCAAUCAAUUUCUAGAAAUACAAUAAAUAUAUAAUUGUACAUGUUUCUGUCAAUGUGGUAUAUAGGUAAUCUGUGUUGGCACCCUACAACUUUUAAGUACAUACAUACUGUUAAUUGUAUCUUUAGUUGGUUUUUUUAAUGAUAACCUACCAUGACCUUCAUAAAAUUAUCAUAUGUGUAAAUACUAUCUUAAAUUUAAAUAACAAGGACAGAGGUCUCACAUAUGACAAACCAGUAUACUGAUGAAUUGCCAAACUUAUGUUUACAUCCAAUUCAAGACUUUAUCAUUGCCUACAUGCAUAUGUAGGAGAAGGUAUAUACCUUCUCUUGCCUUAAGCCAAUUAGUCAUCAUACCUACAUAAUAUGUAAACAGUAUUGGAAAAUGGAGGUACUAAUUAUAUUUAUUUGGCCCAUGUU